AUGUUGGCCUCUCCGUGUCCUUCAAUCUCGUCCGCUUGUGCCCCGCCCGUGCUCUUUGCCCCAAACCACCUGCUCCCCUUCUUCCACAGCUCCCAUUCUCCGCACGUGCCCUUUGCCGUGCCCAUGCUUGCCCUCUCACAUGCUCUUGAAUUCUUGAACGUGCUGCCCAAUCCUGCCACGAUAGAGUGUUUCUUCACCUCUAAAAAUUCAGCCGCUUCUGGGACGUCUGAAGUGUUUCGAUCUCACAACCCCGUUCCCACAUCUUUCCCCUUCGUCCCUCCCAGCAACCUGAACGGCACCGCGGAGGGCAACGUCGAUCUCAAUGGCACCAAGGAGGGCAACGUGUACAAGCUGCUGCGCUCACAGGGCUUUCUUUCCUCUUAUGACACGGCGCAUCACCUCAAUGAUGUGGACGAGACGUGGGUGAGCCAUCGCAGCCACAGAGGGGACGUGUGCGGAGUGGACUAUGUGUGGAUGCUCAACGCCCGCACGCCCAUGAGCAAUCCCGUCUUGAACUGGCGCAAGGCCGUGUUCGGGCUGAUCAAGUCCAAGCUGCUAGCAGCAGGCAUUACGGACGCACGUCACGCGUUCCAGUUCUUUGCGACAGCAGGUGACACGUCCCCGUUUGAACACACCGUGUGUUUCACCUCGGACCCGAACGCCACCGACGCUGCUGACGUCAGCAUGGAUUUCGGGCAACAGCAGAAUGAUGACCCAGCGACCGAGGAGGAGGAGGUGGUGGAGGAGGAGGAGGAGGAGGAGGAGGAGGAGGAGGAGGAGGAGGAGGAGGAGGAGGAGGAGGAGGAGGAGGAGGAGGAGGAGGAGGAGGAGGAGGAUGAGGAGGCGUGGAGGUAUUACGACAGUGAUGAGGAGGGGAUGGAGAGGCAGGAGUGCUGCAUCACUGCUUUCACCAUUGAAGACUUUCAACUGGCCGUGGCUCAGCUUGGUUUGACAGGAGACAAUUCAAUAGGGCUGACAGAGGUCGAAGUGGCAGAGCUGAUGCAAGGGGCGGACACGGAUGGCGAUGGGUGGGUGGAUUUCAACGAGUUCCAGGACAUGUUCCAACAGCCCACGUGGGACUCGCGGGUUGAUACCCUCAAACAAUCCAUGGCUGCUUCGCUUGCUGCCUCCCUCGCCACUGCCUCUGCUGCUGCUGCUGCUGCUGCUGCUGCUGCUGCUGCCCCUGGUUCUGCCGCCUCUCCUUCCGUCACUGCUGCUGCUGUUGGCACUGCUGCUGUCUCUGCCGGUGCUGCACCUUCGGCUGCUAGCCCGUCUGCUGCAUCCUCACAAGAGCAGCAGAAGCAGCGGCGGUGGGAGGAGAAGGAGCAGGCGGUGUUGCAAGGGGAGCAGCCGUAUUGGGAGAGCCGCAGAGGGCUCAAUGUGGAGGGCGAGGCGGGCCAGGGGAAGAAUUGCUGUAGAGAUGGCAGCGGUGCUGCUGGUGCUGCUGAUGCUGGUGGUGCUGCUGUUGGUGUUUCUGUUGAUGCUGCCGGUGCAGAUGCAGCUAAGGAAGUUACUGGUGGUGCAGCAAGUGUUCAGGCAGGAGACGAAGACGUGGAGGAGUGUGAAAUAGACGUGAGCAAUGGGGGGCUGAGUCUGGCCGUGGUGAAGGCAUCGCUGUUCCCGCCUGAAAUGGAGGAAGGGAAGUGGCCUGAGGAUUAUACGCUGUCAGAUCAUGCGGUGCUGACUGUGAUACCCACACACACGAGCAUGGCUGGCGCUGCUGGCGGCGGAGCGGGGGGGCGCGGAGGGUCCGCGCGCGGGGGGUCCGCGCUGGCGCAAGAGCUGCUGCUGUACGUGUGCAGCGCGGGGAUCAGCGCGCUCGUGCUGCUCUUCACGUUCCGCCAGCUGGACCCCAACCGCGCGCAGGCUAAGCUCGCCAAGCAGCGGAAAAGGGAGAUCGCCAAGCGACUGGGUCGGCCGUACAUCGAAACCAACACGUAUGAGGACGUGAUAGCAAACGAUGUGAUCAACCCACAGGACAUCCACGUCACAUUUGACUCAAUAGGCGGCCUGCAGCACGUGAAGGCGUCUCUUCACGACCUUGUCAUUUUGCCCCUGCAGCGACCCGAGCUCUUUGCACAGGGGCGCCUGUUGCGACCACAGAAGGGUGUGCUGCUCUUCGGCCCGCCAGGCACUGGUAAGACGCUGCUGGCGAAGGCGAUUGCCAAGGAGUGCAGAGCGGUGUUCAUCAACGUGCGGAUCGCCAACCUCAUGAGCAAAUGGUUUGGGGAUGCUCAGAAGCUAGUCACAGCGGUGUUUACGCUAGCCCACAAGCUGCAGCCAGCCAUUAUUUUCAUCGACGAGGUGGAGUCCUUCCUGGGGCAGCGGCGGAACACGGAGCACGAGGCGGUUACCAGCAUGAAGACGGAGUUCAUGUCGCUGUGGGACGGCUUCAGCACUGACGACACGGCACGGGUGAUGGUACUAGCAGCCACCAACCGCCCCUGGGAGCUGGACGAGGCCAUUCUCAGGCGCCUGCCCCGCCACUUUGAGAUUCCCCUGCCGGAUUUAGCCGGCCGCACCAGCAUCCUGGAAGUGAUCCUGCGGGACGAGGACGUGGAUGAGGACUUGGACUUGCAGGAGAUCGCCUCUCUAUGCGCGGGCUACAGCGGGUCUGAUCUCACAGAGCUGUGCAAGCAGGCGGCGUACCUGCCUCUUCAUGACUUUCUGGAGGAGGAGCGGAGAGCGCUGCAGGGGAAGGGGAAGGACCCCACCUCCCAGCGCCCCCUCGCCCGGGCGGACUUCCUGCGAGUGCUUAGCGAGUCCCGCCCGUCCCGAGACGCCGCCUUUGACUAUCUGCGCAAGCGCAGCAGCAGCAGCGCCAGCCUGCCGCACCUGGGAGAGGACCUUAUCCCCACUGCUGCCACCACCAAUGGCACCGCCUUUCCCUCGUACCCUUAUGCGAAUGGAGGGGCGCUCACGCCGCCCAUGGCUGCUGGUGGUGCUUCGCAAGCAGCACAGCAGGCGGAUUUGAUGCGGCUGCUGUUUCAGGCGGCAAUGGCCUCGGCUUUGCAACCGCAAGCGAUGCAACCGCAAGCGUCACAGCCACAGUCCAUGCAAGCACAGGGAGGGGAGCAGCAGAGCGUGCAACAGCAAGGGGUGUCCCAGCAGGCCUUGCAAUCAAGUGAAGGGGAGAUGGGCUUCGGAAACAAAAAGAGUUCUCGCGGGUCGUCGCGCAACGGCGGCGACGCGGACGACGACGACACGGCGAGCACCGCGUCGUCGUCGAGCGACCUUCCCGCCGUGUACUCCGGCGCGCGCGACGACGUCUACUGCGCGGCGACGGCCACGGAAGCGCUUCUAGACGCGCUGCAGGAGAAGCGGUCGACAACUCGCGAGGCGGCGCUCAAAGGGCUGGCGACGACUCUGGCGUCGCAAGUGCACGGGGAGCUGGUGCAGGACAAGUUCGACACUCUCACGCAGGGUUUUCUCUCGUGCCUUAGAAAGGGCAAGGCGCCCGAGCAAGUUCUCGCUGCCCGAUGCCUUGGUCUGCUGGCGCUCACCCUAGGGGCGUCUGACUCGUGCGAGGAGCUGCUCUCCUCGUCGCUGCCACAUCUGAGCAAGCUGGCUCGCGCUGCUGGCUGUGCCGCCACCCGCGUUGCUUGUCUAGACGCCAUGGCCAUCAUCACGUUCGUGGGGGCCAUGGACGCACACGCCACAGAGGAAAGCAUGAGCCUUCUGUGGCUCGUUGCGAACCCUCAGGGCGCCAGCAAGGCGGUGGUACCAGCAGCAGUGAGGGGAUCAGCCAUCAGCAACUGGACCCUGCUGCUCUCCACACUGCCCUCCUCGCAGCUCUCGCAGUUCCACACUCGCAGUGAGCUGGAAGUUCUAUCCCGCUGUCUGCAAGACGCGGACUUGAGCGUGAGGGGGGCGGCAGGCGAGGCCAUAGCCCUCGUGCACGAGCACUGCCCUGCAGACGCUAUAGAGGAGAGCGGUGCAGGCUCGGGAGGAGGUUCGGCGAAUGGCUUGGCAAACGGUGGUGUGGAGAGCAGUGACUCGGAUGACUCUAUCGUGGAUGGGGUGGUGCUGCCUGAUAAACCCGUGGGCGGAGGGCGUCAGGGCAGUGCGACGGUACAGAGGGCGGUGGAGCAGAUGCAGCAGCUGACGGUGGGCAGCAGCAAGCAGAUGACCAAGAAGGACCGCCUGUCCCAGCGCCUGGCGUUCCGGGAGAUUUUAGGGUCUAUCAGGGACAACGGGCGAUGCUCAGAGACUGUCAUCAGGCUGAAGCACGGCGACUCACUGCGCGUCGACACGUGGACGCUGACAGUGCAGCUGAAUGCUCUCCGGAGGUUCCUAGCAGACGGCUUCCAACGCCAUUUGCAGGAGAACGAGUUGCUGCACCAGGUCUUCAGCUACCAGCCUCGCAUGGAGAAGAAGGAGGUCUUCCAAACUGCCGUGCAGAAGCGUAUGAUCCUCUCUCCCAACUCUGAGGCCAGCCGUAACCGCUCCGUGGCUCGCAGGCGCAGCCGUCUCGCAGCACAG